AUGGGCAAAACCCAGAUCAAGGAAUGGUACAUCCGCUUGAAACAUGGCCAGACCUGGGUGGAAAACGAGGCAGGCUCAAGCAAGCCAAGCACAGGCCAAAGCAAGGAGCUGAUUGAGAAUGUUCGGCGAAUAAUCACGAAACGCUGUCAUGUAACAAACCAGGAAAUUACACAUGAAGGGGAAAUAAGCACAGGCUCAGUGCAUUCCAUUUUAACGGGGGAUUUGUGCAUGCAGAGAGAGUCGGAGAAAUUUCUCCCCAAGGUGCUGACAGCACAUCAGAAGCAACACCACUUGGAAAUUGCUCAGGACAUGGUGGACUGUGCAAACCAAGACCCAGAUUUCAUGGAGACAAUCCUCAGUGGUGAUGAAACAUGGAUUUAUGGUCUCUUCUCAAUGCGUUCGGUCAUCUUGCGUAACAACGAAAAUCUGGCAAGCUCACACUGCAUGUCUGUUUUCUAA